AUGCCAGGCGAAGUGAUAACGUUGCAAACUGGCCAAUGUGGUAACCAAGUUGGGUUAGAGUACUGGAACGAAUUGACUCAAGAGCAUGGCAUACUACCAGAUGGAACUAAGGAAGCUCUGCCGUCUACACCACUGCUGAGAUUAGAACAUGGUCGUCCAGAUUUAUUUUUCACCGUCUCUGAAACGAACAGGUAUAUCCCUAGGUCUAUUUUGAUUGACUUGGAGCCUUCAGUGAUCUCUAAAUCAAUGAACAAAAUGCCAAUGUUCAACCCCAGAAAUGUUCAUCUUAGCGAACAGGGGAACGGUGCGGCCAACAAUUGGCAACAAGGUUAUUCAUAUGGUCUCUCCAAUCAAGAUGAAUUGAUUGACUUAAUAGAUAGAGAGGUGGAUAAAUGUGAUAACUUGUCAACUUUCCAAAUAUUUCACUCUGUCGCUGGUGGAACAGGUUCCGGAGUUGGUUCACUUUUGCUUGAAUUGCUCAACGAUAGGUUUGGGAAAAAGAUAAUUACGACCUUUUCGGUAUUCCCAUCCAAUGAGAGAACCUCUGAUGUGGUAGUGCAACCGUACAAUACCGUAUUAACUUUGAAAAGAUUGAUAGACUUCAGCAAUGGGACAUUUGUUUUUGAUAAUGAUUCACUAAACAGUAUUGAGAAUACAUUGUAUGGGAUGAAGGAGACUCUGGCUUUUGAGGGUACCAACAAAUUAAUUUCCUUCGUUCUGGCAAGUGUGCUGAAUCCAUUGAGAUUCCCUAGUUAUAUGUAUUCAAGCUAUGAAUCGAUCAUGUCUACAUUGGUACCAACCCCAGAUUUGAAAUUUAUUACUUCUUCAUUAGCACCCUCGGCAAGUUCUAUGAAUGAACAUGACAACUUAUUAGAAUUGUUGAAUGAUAAGUAUAAGAUGAACAGAGUCGAAGGUAUAGAGAAACCGAAAUACAUUUCUGUUAUAGAUUACCUUAUACCCGGAGGAAAGUACAACAGCAACAACAAUAGCGAGAUAAAUAAAGGCAUAUUAAAAUCGCAGUCUAGGCUAGAGUUUGUGCCAUGGACUGCCAACUCUGUCAGUGUCAUAUUAGGUAACAAGGGAUGCCGCAAAGACCCUAAAUUUGCUGGUAUACAAAUUUCCAACAAUACUUCUAUAGCUACAGUUUUCGCUAAGAUCUUACGACAGUAUGACCUCUUGGCCAAAAGAGAGGCUUACAUCAACUACUAUACGGAGAACAAUAGUAAUGAAGAGAGGGGUAGAAUCAUGGAAAUAUUCAAUGAAUGUAAAGAGUCAAUAUUAGGAACUAUAGACGAAUACAAAGGGUGUCAAUAUGCUAACUAUUUAGACGACAACGACGAUGACAUGAUUUAA